ACCGCGGGUCGUCCACAUUUGGUGUCUCUGCUUCUGAGUGUCAAACCCAAGAUGGCACUUCAUCGGUUAUUCCAGCUGUCCUCUCUGCUGCGCUCCGCUGUGGGCCUGACUCUGCGAAGGAACAUUGGCAUGUCUGCAGUCGCCUUCAACAAGGCCAAGGACCUCGACCCUGUCCAGAAACUGUUCCUGGACAAGAUCCGUGACUACAAAACCAAGAGCAAGGCAUCCGGCGGUAUUGUGGAUGCAGGACCCUCUUACCAGAAGAACAUGUCUGAAGAGAUCACCAAACUAGAGAGGCUAUACGGCGGAGGAGACCUCGCCAAGUUCCCCGACUUCAAAUUCGCAGAUCCCAAGCUGGAUGAAGCAGCCAAGUGAAUGCUGUCCUUGUUGUUAAUCUCCUACAUGUCAUCCAUAUGUUGUAUUUAAUAAAAAAGUAGUGGAUUGAAUGACUGCUUGAAAGGGUUGUAAAUUAAGCUGCUUCUGGUAGCUUUCACAGUUGCUGUGUUGAACAGUGGUUAUUGUUUAUUACAAAGUCAAAUAUCAAUAAAUAAAAUAUUCAGAUCCUGCC